AUGUCUACAAAGGCCUCAAGGCGAUGCAAUCGACUGAUUGUUCUCUUUAGCUCCAUCAAUGAUGUGACGGCGUGGCCGUUCUGGAAGUUUCUGCAAAUGAAGAAGGUGAAGGGUGUCACAGACCUCUCUAUCCUCGCCUUCAACAGCCAGGGCGGCAGCUUCGAGGCCCGCAUCGACGGGCACGAGUAUACGUUGAAGAACUACGAAAAUGUUGUGGGGUACUCUCAGGACAUGCUGGAACGCUUUCUGCACCGUUGGUAUGACCCUGGCCGUAGUUAUUUCGUCUACGGCGGCCACGGCAUGGGGGACUACUUGGAGCUUGAGGAAGACAAGGUGGGAGUGCAGUGUCACGAACUAGCAGCCAUAUUUGGAAACAAGAAGUUUGAGGCGAUUACCUUCGACGCGUGCUUCAUGGCAAGCCUGGACUGCGCCUACCACCUGCGGAAUAACACGAGAUACAUUGGCGCCUGUGAGGGCUACCUCUGGGAGCCCGACACAAGCCUCGACCAUCAUGUCUUCAAUACGUACACCGCCUCCGCGAUGAGCCGCUUUCGUGACCCAAAGCACAUUCUUCUCUCUGUGCAGCGUGACUACUGCAGCAAGUCCCCGCUUGCUGACUUCGCCGUGCUGGACACCACGCAUGUUGAGGCGUUGCGGAAGUAUGUGGAGGAGCACGUGAUACAGCGUGUCUACGACCGUGCCACCUUUUAUAAUCUGCAGCAGCAGCAGAAACUAAGUUGCAUGGCCGAGGAGGCUUUACAAAUUACGCGCCAUAAUUCUACUAGUGACAUCAAGACACCCGCUUCUUUCUCUUCCAAUUCGACAUCGGCAUCCUCUGCCACGGUGACGUCGCGGGCGAGGGUGACGAAGUUGCAAAACCGCAAACUUGCACGACGUUCGCAGCUGCGGCACGCCGUUCAAUUCGAGCACGCCUUGUACCCAUCCGAGUCAGACGACAAGUACAUACUUGACCUUCGCUCCUACCUGAUCGAUAUGGCGCGUGAGGAGGAGGAGUCCGCCCUCAAUUCUCCGCCGCCACGCACCACUGUUGUGGAGGCGCACGGGAGUUUGCCAAACGGGAAAAACAUCUCCACCCCCGGUUUGCCAAGGGCAGUGCACACGAGGGACUCGACUUGUUUCACCGCGUCGUCGUCAACCACACACCGCCGGAGGACAAGCACAUCUACGCCUCACACCUCGGAGGCCUUUCUAUCCCCGUUUACGAGUUUAGUUCCAUGUCGAAGCCGCUGCUGCCGUGGAAUGGGGUAA